AUGGAGAUAAUUCCCGGUCUUCCCAACGACGUAGCUUUUGAAUGUCUUAUUCGGAUUUCGUUUGAUCAGUUUCCCAAGGCUGCAUCUGUGAGUAAAGCAUGGAACGCUGUGAUUAAGCAGCCGGAGUUUCACCGGCGCCGGAAAGUUUCGGGUCUAACCGGACCCGUCAUUGUCAUGGCUCAGCCAAUGGAUGGUUUAAUCAAAUCGAAUCUGCUACCGGUUUACCGGCUCACGCUAUUCGAGCCGGUGAAAAGGCGUUGGCGCAAUUUUCCGCCGGUACCGGAGAUGGUGGAAGGGAUGCCAUUGUUCUGUCAGGUUGUCGGGAUUGGGCCGGAGCUGCUGGUGAUCGGCGGGAUCAACCCGGUGACAUGUCGGGUUCAGAAUUCAGUUUUCAUCUACAACUUCCUAUCGGCCACGUGGAGGCGCGACGCCGAUAUGCCCGGCAACAAGGAUCGCCGGUUCUUCGGGUGCGCGGCCUCGGAGGAGGAUGGGACAGUGGUGGUCGCCGGCGGAAACAACUGGUACAAUUCACUAAAAUCAACGUUGGCGUAUGACGUGGCAAGGGACACGUGGACGAAGUUGCCCGAUAUGUCAAUCGGGCGAAACAAUUGCGGGUGUGUGUUCCACCGUGGCAAGUUCCACGUCCUCGGUGGCUUUAACAUGGACACACAAGACGAUUCUAAACUACCUGUUGAAACACUCGACCUCGUCACCCGCCAAUGGCAGGUAAUAAACGACUACGCGAUAAUAUCACCGCAAGCUACCUACGUAGAGAUUGGUGGGGUAAUAUAUACAAUCAAAGGAAAACGCGACGUGGUUGCAUUAGAGGACGCCACAUGGGUGUUCGUCUCACGGGUCCCAAAUGAUACACAGCGCGUGGUAUAUGUGACAGGGUGGCAGGGGAAGAUUAUGCAAGCCUGGUGUAAAACAGCAAGAAAGCAUAGUGAGCAAGUGGAACAAAGAUGCCCAAAAUAUAAUGUGAAAAAGCAACUCUAG